GCUCGUCCUUGUGUUUCUCCUGAAGUUGUCAGUGGCUGAGCGCUGAUCUCCAGAAUGGGUUCUAGCAGAGCUCGGUAUCUGAUAUUCUUCCAGUAUUGUGGAACCAAGUAUAGCGGAGUCGUCAGGGUUCCAGAAACUCAAGCAGUUUUAGGAGUGGAAAAUUAUUUGGAGAUGGCAGCACAGAAGCUCAGGCCGGUUGGAAAAGUGACUUUCUCAAUCUCUAGCCGUACAGACUCAGGAGUCCAUGCAAUCUGUAAUUCUGCGCAUGUGGACAUUGAAAGGACCCCAGAUAAAUCUCCAUUCUCUGAAGACAUAUUAGUAAAAGCUUUGAAUUUCCAUCUACACCCUGAGCCCAUCAGCAUACUGAAGGCCAUACGUGUAAGCAACGACUUCCAUGCUCGUUUCAAGGCGAUCUCCAGGACUUAUUUUUACAGAGUAGUCACUGGAUGUAAACACACAGAUUUACCGGUAUUUGAACGGAAUCGAUGCUGGGCAGCAAGUGAGAGGUAUCUUGAGGAUUCACAGAUUCAGGAAGCAGCACAGUUAUUUGUCGGGACGCAUGAUUUCAGUGGCUUCAGGUCCACAAGUAAGAAUACACCAUUUGAGUCUCCAGUCAAGACUUUGCUGCAGGCGUCUGUAGUCCCAUCCACCAGCCUUUUACCAAAUCACUUACAAAACAGCAAUCUUCAGUACUGGGAUUUUACCUUCAAAGGUAAAUCUUUUACUUACAACCAGGUGAGGAGGAUGACCGGUGCUCUGGUCGCAGUAGGUUUGGGGCAUCUCACACCACAACAAAUUAAACUUCACCUGGAAGAACGUAAAGCACCAGUGUUCCCGGGAUAUAUUGUUGCGCCACCUUCAGGACUUUUCCUCAGAGAAGUUGAAUAUGAUGAGGAAGACUUAAAAAGCUACGAGCCCGAGCCGAGAAGACGCUCUCCAGGAGAUACGUGACUGGAACGCCUCCGGAAAUCAGAUUUAUACUUCUCUGAAUAUGGAUGAAUUUUGUAUUUUCACAUUAUACAGUGCUUGUAUCCAGGAGUCAUGACCACCAUGUGGUCCAGAACUGGUGGUCGUGCUUGCACACUAUAAGAAAAACUUACUGUACAUGAUAAAUGCAAUAUGCUGAAGUGAGACUACCCCUUUAAUGCUCUAUCCUAAGGAUGGGUCAUCAACGGUUGGUCUUGGAAACGUAGCAAACUUUAAC